GCGACUUGUCGCGAAAUGACCUUGCGGUGUAAGGUACGAUGAGAGUGGUUUUGCAACCAACAGAAUUAAAAGUACUCGUCCGUGGUAUUAACUCGCUAGCUAAACUCGGUCAUGAAAUUUACUUUGAAUGUGGAACAGAUGACGUAAGUAAACUUUUUAUCAUUUGUAGAGAUGUUACAGUUGAAAAUCAAAACAGUGAACUCUUCAAGAUCAGCGUUUGCAGUGAUUCAUUUUAAACAAAUAUUUUUCGACAAAUUUGCUAGCAGUUUGCCUAAUGGAUCUGUACAGCGUUUUAAGGUCCCAAGUAGUUCAUGUACCAAUGUUUUUAGACUUACUUCGGCUUUGGAGAAAUCUGUUCUUAAGUGUAAAAUGUUUUUAUCAACUGAGGAAACUAUCCUUACGGUGCAGUACUUCUGUAAAUUCGGUAUCGUUAAGACGUAUAACAUGUCGAUAAUCGAUUGUGAACAGUUGGAGGCAGUUUACUCUUUGGAAUGUAGUCCCAAUCACUUACUUAUAUCUGCUCGUUUGUUGGGGGAAGUGGUAAAUAAUUUUCGCCAAUCUUCCGAGGAGUUAAUGUUCAUUCUGAAUGAUGGGGAGUGUACAUUCCAAAACCACACGUUUCAGACAGAUCCUUCCAUGAUAACAACGCAAAUUCCUCUGAAUGCUACUGAGUUUGAGGUGUACAUAGUCAAGUCAAAAUGUGAAAUCACAUUUUGCCAAAAGGAGCUCAGGGUUAUUUUGCCAUUUUGUGAAUUGAUUUCUCCCAUGAUAAGAAUAUACUGUGAUCGACCAGGAAAGCCUAUAAUAUUUGCUUGUACGCACGAGACACGACUCAGUGCUCGAUAUGUUCUAGCGACCUUCCCUUCAGAUGGAUGUUCACUUCCUAGUUCUCAGCAGUCUGAGUCUUCUCGCCACUCACUGUUGAAUAGAACUCCUGUCCCACUGCAACGUCCUCCUAGUUUAUUUGCAGACGAAAACAUUCAAAAUGAUGAUACUGUAUUGGUGAACACAAAAAGAAAUCCAAAUUCUCUUUCCUCCAGUAGAUGUCUGUUAUCACAAGCAAAUGAAUUUCCUACACAAAUUAUUCAAGCAGAUGUAAAUAUGACUUUAACAAAUAAACAGCCUACAAGUGAGAAAAUGAAGCAUUCUUUUCCUAGUUCACAUCACAGUCGUGAUUCUCAAAGUGAAACGCCACUUAAGAAGGUCCGUUCAGCUCUAUUUUCAAACUUCCAAGGUAAGGACAGUUUUAGUACAUUUGGUGGUGGCGGUGUUGGAGAUAAUACAAACACAACUGUACUUGGUCGUACCAAUUUGUUGGAACAGAGAGCUAUGACAACCACAACAAAUACAACAAUAGGAACAACAGGAACAUCAAUAUUAGCAUCGAAAACAACCAUAUUAAAUUCAACUCUAAUGGAUCAGACAUCUACAGUCGGUGGUCAUACUGUACUUGUUGCUGAUUCAGACGAUGAAGACUGACCCCCCCUUCCCGUUUUUCAUACUUGUAUGCAGAUCUCACAAUUUUGUACAUAUAUUUAUAGAUAUUAUCAUGUUUUAAAGAAGUUGUCAUCAAAAGAUUUGAACAAAUCUGGCUUUUUGUUAUUUUUCAAUUCCAG